UUCUGUCCACAAGCACACCGCACACUCGGCCAUUUCCGGCAGUUCCCCACCUAACCCUCAUCGAGAGCAAUGGCGGCGGAGGAGAAGCAAGAGAUGGGAGCGGGAGCAGCGCCGGGAGAGAAGGGACCGACGACCGGGGACAAGGCGAUGGGGAAGACGGGAGCGACGGAGGAGAUGAAGGGAGACGCGGCCGCGGAUAAGCAGAAGGGGUCGACGGCGGAGAAGGAAGAGAAGGGAGCGACGGCCGGGGAUGAGGAAAAGGGGGACGAGGAGGAGGAGGCGGAGCAAAAGGGAGAGAAUCAGUCGGCGUCGGCGAAGAGGGGGCAUAAGAAGAAGGCGGAAGCAGAGGAGACUGCGGCGGAGAAUGGGGCGGCGGCGACGGAGAGGGAAAGAAGGGAGCGACAAAGUUUUAGCAGAACGAAGGGACAACGGCCGGAGGAGAAGGGAGCGAUGGAAGAGGUGGCCGGCAAAAAAGAGAUCUUUUUCUUCAAGGCCAGUGCUGUCAUCACCUUGGAGAGCUCGGAUGGGAUGCUGUUCACGGUGUCGGAGGAGGCGGCACGGCUGUCCGUGCCCCUCGCCGACAUGAUCGACCAGGGCUGCGCCGAAGGCAUCAUCCAGCUACCCAACGUGGACGCCACGGCCCUCGCCACGGUGAUCGAGUACUGCAACAAGCACGCCGACGCCGCCUCUGCCAACAGCCGCGCCAAUGAGGGCGGCAGCAGCUGCAACUCCGAGGCAUCCGUGGAGGCGCUGAUGGAGUGGGACCGCAAGCUCGUCGACGGCCUCAGCCAGGACGCCCUCUGCGACGUCAUCAUCGCCGCUAAGUUCCUCCGCAUCAAGGGGCUCUUCGACGCUGCCUGCCAGAAGGUCGCCGUCGUGGACAUGGUCAAUUCCAAGACCCCCGGGCAGAUGCACCAGAUAGAGGAGGAAGACAUGUGCACAUGGUUCUCUGGACUUACUCCCUUUUCUGAGAAGGGGACGGCGGCAGCGGAGGGGGCAAGAACCAAUGGUCAACGGCCGGAGGAGAAGGGAGCGAUGGCAGAGGAGAAGGAGCAGGUUGCUGGCGAAAACGACACAUUUUUCUUCAGGGCCAGCGGAAAAAUCAUCACCUUAAAGAGCUCGGAUGGGAUGCUGUUCAAGGUGUCGGAGGCUGCAGCACGGCUGUCCGUGGUCCUCGCCGACAUGAUCGACCAGGACUGCGCCAAAGGCAUCAUCCAGCUGCCCAAUGUGGACGCCAGGGCCCUCGCCACGGUGAUUGAAUACUGCAAUGAGCACGCCGACGCCACCGCCACCGCCAAUCCCGACGCCAACCACGGUGUCGCUGAGGGCAGCAGCAGCUGCAACUCCGAGGCAUCCAGUGAGGUGCUGAAGGAGUGGGACCGCAAGCUUGUCGACGGCCUCAGCCAGGACGCCCUCUACGACCUCAUCAUGGCCGUCAACUUCCUCCACAUCAAGGGACUCCUCGACGCUGCCUGCCAGAAGGUCGCCGACAUGAUCAAGGGCAAGAGCGUGGAGCAGACGCGCAAGAUGUUCGGCAUCGCCACCGACUUCACCGAGGAGGAGGAGGAGGAACUGCGUAAAGAGAGUCCAUGGGCCUUCGAGGAGUAAGAGCCAUUUAAUUCUAAUGGUAACAUCUCACUGUAUCUGGUGGCUUAGUGGUUCUGUUCUGCCUCCUUUAUCACUAAUUUCCUAGUGGUCUUUGUCAAAGAUUAUAGGAGUAAGGUCAACUUGAUUCGUCUUUCACGUGCUAAACCUUUUUCAUUUCAUUCUGUCGAAGAAGUUUGGGAUCAAAUUUGUGUUUAAAGCUUUGAACUACAUGCUUCAAGUGGAUGAAUGAGUUAACCUGAAUUACCUGA